GGAAUGAGUUUGAGUCAAUUUAACCAAUCAUGUUAGCGUAUUAUUAAGUCCUUUUUCAAAAUUUAAGAUGGCCGAUGGAUGAGGAGUGAACCGAAGACGAUGUUUUUGUUGAAAUAUUUAGCUAUAUAUUUGGAGAAAUGCAUCGUUAAAUUCGCAUAAAAGUAAUGAGCGAGGAAGAAGAUCGAUCUGAGGACUUGGGUUUUGUAUUCAUCGCCAACGAUAUUCUACGGAAAUGUAGGAUAGAAGGCGAUGUUCAGUCGCUAAAAGAGUGCGCUGAUUCGUAUUUUGUUGCUGUUUACGAGGGAAUUCUUGGUGAAAAGAUUACAGGAAUCGUAGAAAAUGCCGUUUCGCGUGAACAGAGGAUAGACAACUGUGACAGAGUCAUUCUAACUUUGUCCCACGAUGUCCUUAACGUGGACCUUUCACACAUAACUGGUGAAAACAUUGUGAAUGGAGACGAAACUACAAUUCAAAACCUUUUGGAAAUCUUCAAGGAAUUGUUAGACUUUAUUCUUGAUGUUGAUGAUGAAGUAGAUUCAGAGAAAAAUGACUCAAAUGUUCUAUCCUCUGAUCAUGAAAUCAUUUCUCAUGUGUUAUUGGAGGAAUUGGGUAAAGAUACGGAAAAUCCAUUGCCAUCAAUUAUACAUUGUGCUGAAUCAUCAUCAACAGAUAACUCAGUGAUUAAAGAGCCUGAAUUGUCCUCGAUUCCUAAAUGUAGUGACCUUCGUUGUUUACAAGGUUCGGAUUUUGAAAAAAAUGCCACAUAUGAAAUCAAUAUUGAGAAAAAACUGCCAGAGAGGCAGUUGCCAAGGUCGGGAAUGAAUAUAUCAAAAUCAAACGAAAGAUUCAACAAUGAUGAUUUUGAAGACGAUGUAAACGAACGAGACGAACAUAAGAGUGGUUUUACAGAUCUUGCUAACGUGGGUACAUCUGUGGAUUCUGUUGUACCUAAAAGACUUAAUGGGAUAUCAGAGUCCGUAGAUAACUUUACUGAUGCCCUCAAGUCAGUGAAAUUGAAUAGUAAAGUCACGUCAACGGGAAAUUUUAAAGGAAAACAUGGUAAUGAAGAGAAAAGUUGUGUUCAUAAGGAACAAUAUGGCAAGAAAACCCAAUGUUCUGCAUCCAAAAAGUUUCUGCAUGAUUCAGAACGAUUGUCAAGCAAAGAAACUAUUACAAUUCCCACUGGAUCUGAACGGGAGAUCUCGCUGUCUCGUGGGGCUAAGGAUGGAUAUAAUGAGAUUACCCGGAGGAUGAAUGGAUCGCAAACAAUCGGUGAGGAUAGUGAUAAGUCAAGAUCCCUGACGAGAAGAAAGGGACAUGCGAAUAAAGAUGAAAAUAUCUCUGGUAAUCGUAGGUUACAAUCAAAUCUUCAAAAUUUUAGUGUGCAAAAAAAGUUGAGUAACGAACAUGCGAAAGAUAGAAUCCAAGGUCGUCAUAAUGAAAAUGCUGAGUCCUUAUUGGUUGAAAAACCUGAGAGAAUUCUCGAUAAACCUCUUGCUGUGGACAGAACACGUGAACACGUCAUGUCAAACAAAAAGUUUGGCGCCAAUGAUCUUCUCGAAAAGAACAUUUCUAGAAAUGGCGGUACACACAACGAUAUAAAUAGAAUUACGCACCGGGAGGAUAUUAUUGGUACACAUAGGGCUAAAAUAAGUGGUACACACAGGGAUAAUAUCAGUACAUUUGAUGGUGCUAGCACUGGUGAACGCUUUCGUAAAAGGGAAAAGGAAAACAAGAGGCCAAAGUCAUCCGUUGUUGUUUCUGAAAAGACUCAUGGAGGUAUACAAAACGGGACAAAUGCCGGUGCACAGGAGAAAAAUGCAAUGGAUAAUGAUGUACCCAAGAUGAUAAGAAGGGAAACGUGUGAGGCAACAAGACAUCGCACGCGGAGUUCGGAAUCAUCCGGGGUAUUUUGGGAUGAUCAGAUUUCACCGUUGGAUGUUAGCGAGAGAUUGCGCAAUCCCAGUCAAGGUCACGCUUUUGAUGAGGUAGGUCUUGUAAAGAAGUCGCGCGACUUGGAAACACGUAGAGGAGUGGGGACUAGUAAGGUGGCAUCACGUGACUCCUCCGUGGUACGUCACUAUCAUCAUCAUUUCCACCAUGGCAGUUCUGAAGACUUAAUACGUGAUGUAGACUUGAAUGAACGAUCUUGGAAACCAGAGGAACGGGAGAUUAAUUCAAGAAUUCAACAGUCAAGGGGGUUGGAUAUCGGGAAAAUAUCACCACGUGAUACAACAGGCUCAACCCAUUCCAUCUCUCAGAAAGAGCUCACGACGAAAGAGCGCGACAGGAAGUCUGGGAAAAAACGUUCUGUCCAGUUUGAUGAUCACGUGGACACUUUUAUAGUAACGAACCGAUUGGAGAGGUUGAAACAAGAGAUGAAUAUGGAGGAUAGUCGGCAACACGUGAGACGAAGUAGGAUAGAAAUGGAUUACAAUAGGUAUCUGGAGCGAUUGAAUCGUGAGCAUCAACGAAUGGAGAGAGCUUUAGAAAAUCAUCACCAACCAAAGAUGAAGAACAAGAAAGUCAGUCCUUAUGGAAAGAAAAAGCGUCACGUGUCACGUGAGCGUGUCGCGACCAAUAAGCGGAAAGCACGAUACCCUUCUAGUAAAGCGAGACGAAGCUCUUCGUCUAGUCCGGUGAAGAAAUUCCAAAGGAAUAGGAAACCGGCCAAACAGCUUGAAAAAGGAGAUGUUAUUCUUCCUUCAUUACUGGACGAAUUUCCCUUUCUUUAUCUGUCUCCUCAUACCCUACAGAAAAUGCGAAACAGACAAACGCAGCAGUUGUUGAGUUGGUCGAAAUCGUCGCGCGAAAUGAACAAACGACAGACGAAGACGCAGAAAGUGCUUGAAGAUGCCGAGAGGCGACAGCAAACUUUAUUGAAAAUACUCCGUAAAGAUUUACAACACAAUCAGAGAAUGCGUGAGCAAAAAGAUCGUUUACAGCAGGAGCGUGUCAUCAAGUCUAAACUUCGUGAAAAGCGCCACGCGAGUGCGCGUGCCCGCAGAUAUUACGAGGAGUAUCAGUUGAGAAUGAGGGCAAGGAUGUUGAAAAGACGCACCAAAGAGGAACAGAUUUUCAAGAGUUUAUUUGAAGAUGGUUUGGAAAUACAAAAACAGCGGGUGAAGGAGUUGCGGUCGUACGCUAAGGAACAGCGGGAAGUGCGAGCUGUGAAGCAGCAGAAUGAACUAGAAUCUCUGGAAAACUACUAUCGCGAUCAAUAUUCUAUCCUCGCCGAGGCAAUUGCUGAAGAAAAAGAGGCUUUAUCAAUCAGGGAGAAGGCACAAGAAAAGGUAAUUCAACAAAUGCAGCGAAAUCUCCGUGAAAAAUUGCAAAAAGAAGUGAAAGAAAUCCAGGAAACCAUCAUUCGAGAUGAUGACGAUGCCUACUUUCGAAGACUUGAUGCUGAAAGACUUCGAAAACAGUUGCAAAUGACUGCGUUCCAAAAUCUUACAUGAUUUUCCCUCAUUGUAACGUAAAUGGUAUCACAAAAGGUACGACAGUAGAACGCUAUUGAAAACAUUGCGCGAUAUGUAAAUUUUACAUUCAUAUAAAAGUUGCGCACUUUAUGCAAAGUAGAACGAAAUACGAUAAGAAAAUUGCCGAAAUCUAAAAUGACAGAUGUCAAUGAAAACGACACUUUUUUUUUUCGAAAUUAUGUACAGAAUAUCAUGUUCAAGAAAAAGUAUUUCAACGAUCACCUUUUAUUUACA